AUGCAUCAGCCCAUCUGCAAGGUUCAAGGUCAAUUUGAUUUGAAUGGGCUGUAUAAAAAUGGAGAUAUCCUUUUUGGAGGAAUAUUUGAAGCACAUAUAAGAGUAACCUUCCCAGAACUGCAUUUCACUUCGAAACCAGAGCAGCUGAGAUGUGGAAGAUAUUCUUUGCCCGUUUUUCAAGAGGCACAGACCAUGGCUUUUGCUAUUGAGGAAAUAAACAGAGACCCUGCUCUUCUCCCUAACAUCACACUGGGAUACAGGCUGUAUGACAACUGUGUGAACCUGGCAGUGGCUCUUCAGGCUGCAACAGCUCUGAUCAGCGGAGAGGAUGAUUCUGUCACUGACUACAGCUGUACAGGGACUCCCCCUGUCUUAGCCAUUGUUGGGGACCCUAGUUCUACACAUUCUAUUGCCAUAUCAAGAAUACUGGGCCUCUUCAGGGUCCCGAUGGUCAGCUAUUAUGCUACUUGUUCUUGCCUGAGCAACAGAAAAGAGUUCCCUUCAUUCUUCAGGACAAUUCCAAGUGAUGCCUUUCAAGUCAAAGCCAUGGUUCAAAUCCUCAGGCACUAUGGAUGGACCUGGGUUGGUGUCAUAGCAAGUGAUGAUGACUAUGGUCAGAGUGCUAUCAAGAGCUUUAUUGAGGAGGUAAAUAAGUUUGGCUGUAUAGGUUUCUCAGAAACCCUCCCUAGAGUGCAUUCAAAGCCUAGAGUACUUCAAAUCAUGCAGAUUAUUAAACGGUCCUCAGUGAGGGUUAUUGUCGUAUUCUCCACAGGAGCAUAUUUUGUUCCUUUAGUUGAAGAGAUUGUUUUCCAGAACAUAACUAACAGGCAGUGGAUUGCAAGUGAAGGCUGGAGUGGCUCCGCUGUAAUACGCAGUGAGGAAAACUUCCACUCAUUUGGAGGGACAAUGGGAAUUGCUAUCCACAGGGGAGAAAUCCCAGGGCUUAAAGAAUUUCUCCUUCAGGUUCACCCAGUGUCUGACCCCAAAAAUAAUUUUGUCAACUUGUUUUGGGAAAGCUUGUUUGACUGUAAAUUUGUGAAUUUAAAAAAUCUUAAUUCAUCUAACAAUGGGAGCAAAAUCUGCACAGGAUAUGAAGACAUUGACAGUACAGAGACUUCAUACAGUGAUGUUUCAGAUCUUAGGGGAUCCUACAACGUGUAUAAAGCAGUGUACGCCUUGGCACACUCCCUGCACAACCUGAUGUCCUGUGAGCCUGGAAAAGGGCCCUUUCAGAAUAACUCCUGUGCAGACGUCACAACUGUGCAGCCCUGGCAGCUGCUGCACUACCUGGCGAGAGUGAACUUCACGACUCACUAUGGAGACAGGGUGUCCUUCGAUGAGAACGGAGAUGCUCUUGCAAUCUAUGAUGUGAUCAACUGGCAGAGGGCCGAUGACGGGUCUGUGAAAACAGUAACAAUCGGUCUGUAUGAUGAAUCAGCUCCUGCUGGACAACAGCUCACUCUGAAUGAGGACAAAAUCUUCUGGAACUUUGAACACAACAGCCCCCCCAGGUCUGUGUGCAGUGAAAGCUGUCAGCCUGGCACCAGGAAGGCAACCAGGAAAGGGGAGCCCCUCUGCUGUUUCGACUGUGUGCCUUGUGCAGAGGGAGAGAUCAGCAACCACACAGAUUCCACUGAGUGUUUCAGAUGUCCACCGGAUUACUGGUCAAACCCAAGCAGAGACCAGUGUGUGCUGAAGGAAAUCGAGUUUCUGUCAUAUGAGGAAAUAAUGGGAAUCUCCUUAACAACAGUCUCAGUGUUUGGGGCAUUUAUUUCAGCUGGAGUUUUAUCUGUGUUCAUUUACUACAGGAACACUCCGGUUGUAAGAGCCAACAAUUCUGAACUGAGCUUCCUGCUGCUGCUUUCUCUAAUACUCUGCUUCCUCUGCUCAUUGCUGUUUAUUGGUCAGCCACUACACCUCACCUGUAUGCUGAGACAUGUUGUGUUUGGAAUCAGUUUUGUUUUGUGCAUAUCUUGCAUUCUUGUGAAAACCAUUGUUGUCAUCAUGGCCUUCAGAGCCACACUGCCAGACAAUAAUGUUAUGAAGUGGUUUGGUGCUGCACAACAGAGAGGCACUGUUUUUGUCUUUACUGUAAUCCAGGCUCUGAUCUGUAUCAUAUGGCUGAGUACAGCAUCCCCUGUGCCUUUUAAAAACACACAGUAUCAAAACUCAAAAAUCAUUUUUCAGUGUAACGUCGGAUCAAUAACUGGAUUUAGUUGCCUGCUGGGGUACAUAGGCUUGCUAGCCAGUGUCUGCUUUCUGCUGGCUUUCCUUGCAAGGAACCUGCCUGACAACUUCAAUGAAGCCAAGUUCAUCACUUUCAGCAUGCUCAUCUUCUGUGCAGUUUGGAUCGCUUUCAUACCAGCUUAUGUCAGCUCUCCUGGGAAAUACUCGGACGCUGUGGAGAUUUUUGCCAUCUUGGCUUCAAGCUUUGGUCUCCUCACUGCAAUAUUUGCACCAAAAUGUUACAUCAUUCUGCUUUGUCCAGAGAAAAAUACAAAGAAAGCUCUUAUGCGCAGAGCAGCUCUUAGUAAGUAA